AUGCAGGUCAAUUGUUCAUCUGAAGAGAGAUGUUUUUGCAGACAGGAAGGAUUAUUUUACAAAGCUUCUUGUUCCGACCUGUCUUUGCAGCAAAUCCCUUUUUUCUCGAAGAAUGUGAACUGGAUCGACUUGAGCAAAAAUAAAAUAUAUUCAAUCGAUUCGAAAAGAAUUCCACAAAAUAUUGUUGUUCUGAACUUGACAGCAAACUGCAUAGAAAAUCUUCAGGGUCAUCCGUUUGAUAAUUUGACUAAACUGAAGAUUCUUAAGCUAGAUUACAAUAAUAAUAUAAGUUAUACGGAGCUUAAUUUCUAUGAAGGGAUUUUUAAAACUUUGGAGUCAUUGCUGGAAUUGAAUAUGAAGAACGCUCCAUUUUCAACUGAUCAUUGGAAAUUUCCAGGAAAGGUUAUUACAGAGCUAGUUUCUCUGAAAGUUUUGAAAAUAAAUGGACUUUCAAACAUGACUUUCUGUCAGAAGUUAGAGAAAUUGCAAUAUCUUGAUAUAUCAGGACGGGCUGGCAGCUUUUGCUCCAUAAGGUAUGUGUCAAAAAGUUUCUUUGAUAAUCUUCCUGCUUUGAGGCAUUUGGACAUAAGUAAUUGCAAUAUACGUUACAUUGAAAAAGGAGUGUUCAGCAAACUUCCAAAUCUGUCAUUUCUUAAUAUAUCAAAUAACCGCGAGAUGGGAUUUACCGUUUUACCAAAUGUCACUAAUUCGUUCAACGUAACAAACAUCAAAACUUUCAUAUUUGAUUCGAUCACCUGCACCACUGGAGUAGGAACAAUGCUUAGACAUUGUCAUCUGCAGAAUCUUUACAAUACAUCUAUCGUAGAAUUUUCGGGUUCAUUUAAUCGGCUCGAACAAUUUCAGGAAGGUGUUCUAAGAAGUCUACCAAAGUCAAUAAAAACGAUGAAAUUGAAAAUGAAUAGAUUGACUCCAGGAAAAUACUUAUUUGAAUUGAGCCAGCUUACAGGUCUAGAGGUAGUAGAUGUUUCACGACAAUACGAAGGGUUAACAUACCCAACUGUUUGGGCAGAUCCUUGUGAAGAAAACCCGGAUAUUGUGCUAGAGAACGAGUAUUUGGCAAACAACAGAAUGAGCUCUUUGUCCCAGGCAGCAAUGGAAUCUAUUCAGAAACUACUAGACGAAAGACAAGACACACUUACAAUUGAUCUUUCAGGGAAUGUUUUUACAUGUUCGUGCCAGUCUUUAAAGUUUUUAAAGUGGAUAGCCCUUAAUAAACACACGUUUAAGAAUCUUGAAAACUAUAAAUGUUCCGAAAACGAUUUCGCUUUCCAAUUUUCCAAAUUAGAUGAUUCUGUUAAAAAACUCACAAGAUACUGUAGGUCCUACCUUUCUAUAUAUUUGCCAACUGCAAUUGCUUUAACACUAAUAAUUUGCAUAUCAGUUGGAGUUGGUGUAUAUAAAUACAAAUGGACAUUGCGAUAUAUUAUAUAUAAAACCAAAAAGAGAUUUCAAAAUCGUGGAAAUUUCAAUAGCAACUUUCAAUCAACUGUUCACUAUGAAUAUGACGCCUAUAUUUCAUACUGUGGAAGUGAUAGAACUUUUGUGCUAUCGGAAAUGCAUCAACAACUGGAAAAUUGCCGUGGUUUAAAGCUGCUCAUUCGUGACAAAGUUUUUCUACCUGGUGAGUCUAAAUCUACCUGUAUUAUGGAAGGUUUACAAGAAAGUUGUAAAGCGGUUUGUGUUGUGUCCAAGCGGUAUCUGACUUCCAAGUGGAGGGAUUAUGAACUUAACAUGGCAAAAGUUGAAGGCAUCAAAGACAGAGGAAGUAUUCGUUUUGUAAUUCUUAUUUUGAUGCCAGAUGUGUACAAGGGAAGUUAUCCAAGUAAAGUAGCAGAUUUACUGAAACAGGAUUGCUACCUGGAAUACCCAGAAAACGAACGAGAUUAUGAGGAAUUCUGGGAAAAAUUGAUACAAAAAAUAUCUCAGGAUAUCUCCGAUCUCUAA